AAUAACAGAUCCAAUCUCACAUGAUCAAUAGCCUAAGUUCAACCUCUACCUCUCUUGCAUUUGCAUUCAUGGGUUUUGGUAAAGCUUCAAUUCUGCUGCUGGUUUCUCUGCUGUUAAGCUCAUCUUUGGUAGCUAUCUACGCCGGCAAUCUUCAUCGAGACUUAGAUAUCACAUGGGGCGAUGGUCGAGCUAAGAUACUCAACAAUGACGAGCUUCUUACAUUGUCUCUCGACAUGGCUUCUGGGUCUGGCUUUCAAUCUAAGAGGGAGUAUCUAUUUGGGAAGAUUGAUAUGCAGAUUAAGCUCGUCCCCGGCAACUCAGCUGGAACUGUCACCGCCUACUAUUUAUCAUCUCAAGGUCCUAGCCAUGACGAGAUAGACUUUGAGUUCUUGGGUAACCUAAGCGGAGACCCUUAUAUUGUUCACACCAAUGUGUACAGCCAUGGGAAGCGGAACAGGGAGCAGCAGUUCUAUAUCUGGUUCGACCCAACCAAGGAUUUCCACACAUAUUCCAUACUUUGGAACCCUCGCCACAUAAUCUUCUAUGUGGAUGGAACUCCCAUCAGAGAGUUCAAGAAUGCAGAGUCCAAUGGUGUUCCCUUCCCAAAGAGCCAACCCAUGAGGCUCUAUGGCAGCAUUUGGAAUGCAGAUGAUUGGGCUACAAGAGGUGGGUUGGUGAAAACCGACUGGACCAAAGCUCCCUUCACAGCCUCCUUCAGAAAUUUCCGGGCUGAUGCUUGCGUUUGGUCAUCUGGUGCUUCCUCUUGUGCUUCUUCUUCAUCAAAGAACAAUACUUGGAUGUCACAGGAGAUGGACUCCACAAGUCAGAAGAGGCUCAGAUGGGUGCAGAGAAACUUCAUGGUCUACAACUACUGCACGGAUUUUAAAAGAUUUCCUCAGGGCCUUCCUCCUGAGUGCACCAUAAAUUCUGCUGCUUAAUAAGCUUUGUUUUUGUAUAUAUACUAUUCGUUGUCUGUACAAAUUAUUGAGAAGAAAAGGAAAAAAAAAACUACCUGUAAAUUCUGGUUUUACUUUGUUUAUACCAACUGCUGUAUUAUGAUAUUGCAAACAAUAAAAAAAAAAUCUUUUGUUUUA